ACAGAAAUCUUACAUCAUUUGCCAAUAACUCACAAUAAUGAAAUCAAACUUGAUUAUGAACAAUCAUCUCGACAUUCUUUUUGGCCCAUAGCACUAACAGCAUUCUACAGUCUAGCAUGGCUCAGCAAACUGCUACCAAACAAUCAGUCUAAUGCUACAAAGGUUCCAACACUCAAAGCCCUAAGUUUUGAAAAAGCCAAUAGUGCAAUAUUUGCUAGAAUUCAGCUACUGAGAACUAAGACAACUGUCUGA